GAAACCUUCAGGUCAUGCUGAUAAGGAGGUAAUGGCUGCUACCGUCCUGACAUCACUGUCCACCUCCCCUCUGGUCCUCACCCAUACCCAGACAGCCUCAGGUAAGACCACACAUGCACACGCACACACAAACAGAGGUUCAGGUCUCACUAACAGUAGUGCCAGUCUCUAAUUUCUACCUCUAGAGUUAAUGUUUACCCCGCAACCAACCUCACUCUGCCAACAGCCUGGCAUUGGACACAUCGCCAUGGCUGUUGUUUCCGGAGCUGCCCGUUACCAUGGCACUCAUCGCCGUGCCAACGUUAGUAGACGGUCAGAGUCCUGACUUCUAUUUUAAGCCUCGAUGCAAGUGUUUUUCUUUUGCAGUUUUUUUGGCACCACCACCACUACUCCACUCAUUGGAGAGUUGCUUUAUUUUAUUUCAGCAGGACGGUAACCUAAAACACGAUGCCAAAUCUAUGCUGGAGUUUCUUACCAAGAAGACAGUGAAUGUUCCUAAGUGGCAGAGUUGCAGUUUUGACUUAAAUCUACUUAAAAAUCUAUUGCCAGAACUGAAAAUGGUUGUCUAACAAUGAUCAACAACCAUUUUGAAAGAGCUUGAAGAAUUGUUUAAAUAAUAAUGGGCAAAUGUUGCACAAUCCAGGUGUGGAAAGCUCUUAGAGACUUAAUGAGAAAUACAGCUGUAAUCGCUGCCAAAGAUGCUUCUACAAAAUAUUGACUCUGUGGUGUGAAUACUUGCGUAAAUUAGAUAUUUAUGUAUUUCAUUUUCAAUACAUUUGCAAGAAUUUCUAAAAACUUGUUUUCACUUUGUCAUUAUGGGGUAUUGUGUGUAGAUGGGUGAGAAAAAACAAUCUAUUUAUCCAUUUUGAAUUCAGGCUGUAACACAACAAAAUGUGGUAUAAGUCAAGGGGUGUGAAUACUUUCUGAAGGCCCUGUAUAAAGGAUGUAGAAAAGAUAAUGGACCUAUAUAUUUUUUAAAUAAUAUGAUCUUUGAGAACCAACAAUGACAGAAAUAAAAGCUAGACAGCCAGGGAGAAUUGAAAAUUCCCAAAACAAUUAAUUUAGCAGUAUAGUUAAAACACAGCAUUAGCCAUGGCAAAAUGAAUACAAUUUCAGGAAAUUAGCUUUAAAACUGCAAACAUUUCUUGCAAACAUUUCUCUCAGCUCCACGGAGACAUUUGACCAAGAAGGAGAGUGAUGGCGCUGCAUCAGAUGACCUGGCCUCCACAAUCACCCGACCUCAACCCAAUUGAGAUGGUUUGGGAUGAGUUGGACCGCAGAGUGAAGGAAAAGCAGCCAACAAGUGCUCAGCAUAUGUGGGAACUCCUUCAAGACUGUUGGAAAAGCAUUCCUCAUGAAGCUAGUUGAGAGAAUGCCAAGAGUGUGCAAAGCUGUCGUCAAGGCAAAGGGUGGCUACUUUGAAGAAUCUCAAAUAUAAAAUAUAUUUUAAUUUGUUUAACUUUUUGGGUUACUACAUGAUUCCAUAUGUGUUAUUUCAUAGUUUUGACAUCUUCAGUAUUAUUCUACAAUGUAGAAAAUAGUAAAAAUAAAGAACCCUUGAAUGAGUUGGUGUGUCCAAACUUUUGACUGGUACUGUACAUCACAGAAGACUGAACUAUAACAAAACUGUUUGACAAAGAAACUGGAUUUUCAGCAGUUUUUUUGAAAUAAUGUUUAUAAAUUAUGAAAUUAUGAAAAAUAUGACUAACAUUCCACCCACGCGGCCACUACAUUUUACAUUUACAUUUGAGUCAUUUUAGCAGACGCUCUUAUCCAGAGCGACUUACAGUUAGUGAGUGCAUACAUUUUCAUACUGGCUAGGUAAUUUAACUGCAGGAAAGGGCUACAGGUUCUAGGUUGAACCCUUUGCCUUACAAAGAGCCCCUGUCUUCCAAAAAGGGUUCUUCAGAUCAAAACGGUUCUUAGUAGAACCCUAUACCUCCGCAAAUAACCCGUUUGGAACCCUUUUUUCUAAGAGUUCAAUAAUAUGCAAACAAUGUAUGAGCUUAGCUAUUAUCUGCUUCAGAUGUACAAUGACAAGGGGCGCAUUGCACAUGCCCAUUAGGCCAGUAAUGCCAUCAUACUGGCUAGAUUGGUGAUGCAUGCCAUGGUGAUAAGCUGCAAAAUGGGUUCACAUGGUGAUAUGCUGAGAAAGAGUGACAAUCAAAUAGAAUAGAUUGGAGAGCUCACAACUGGACAAAAAGGUCAUGUUCAGUUGAGAAUGACAAAGUGAAAACAUAUCUUUAGGAAAAAAUUAUGUUUUAUUGAAAAAGAAAUACAGAAAUAUCGAAUUUACUUAACUAUUCACACCCCUGAGUCAAUACAUGUUAGAAUCACCUUUGGCAGGGAUUACAGCUGUGAGUCUUUCUGGGUAAGUCUGUAAGAGCUUUCCACACCUGGAUUGUGCAACAUUUGCCCAUUAUUAUUACAAAAAUUCUUCAAGCUCUGUCAAAUUGGUUGUUGAUCAUUGCUAGACAACCAUUUUCAGGUCUUGCUAUAGAUUUUGAAGCAGAUUUAAGUCAAAACUGCAACUCACUGUCUUCUUGGUAAGCAACUCCAGUGUAGAUUUGGCCUUGUGUUUUAGGUUAUUGUCCUGCUGAAAGGUACAUUCUUCUCCCAGUGUCUGGUGGAAAGCAGACUGAACCAAGUAUUCCUCUAGGAUUUUGCCAGUGCUUAGUUGAAUCUUGCAUCUGCUACAAGACCAUGGUGCUUGCCUACGGAGCUGUGAGGGGAACGACACCUCCGUACCUUCAGGCUCUGAUCAGUCCCUACACCCAAACGAGGGCAUUGCGUUCAUCCACCUCUGGCCUGCUGGCCCCCCUACCUCUGCGGAAGCACAGUUCCCGCUAAGCCCAGUCAAAACUGUUCGCUGCUCUGGCACCCCAAUGGUGGAACAAGCUCCCUCACGACGCCAGGACAGCGGAGUCACUCACCACCUUCCGGAGACACUUGAAACCCCACCUCUUUAAGGAAUACCUGGGAUAGGAUAAAGUAAUCCUCCUACCCCCUCUUACCCCACCCCAAAGAAAGAAAAAAAAAAAAAAAAAAAACAUAUUGUAAAAUGGUUAUCCCACUGGCUAUAAGGUGAAUGCACCAAUUUGUAAGUCGCUCUGGAUAAGAGCGUCUGCUAAAUGACGUUAAUGUAAAUGUAAAUGUAGCUCCAUUCCGUAAAUUUUUUUAUCCUGAAAAACUCCCUAGUCCUUAACGAUUACAAGCAAACCCAUAACAUGAUGCUGCCACCACUAUGCUUGAAAAUAUGGAGAGUGGUACUCAGUAAUGUGUUGUAUUGGAGUAGCCCCAAAAACAUUUUUUGCACUAUACCUUUAGUGCCUUGUUGCAAACAGGAUAUUUGUAUUCUGUACUGGCUUCCUUCUUUUCACUCUGUCAAUUAGGUUAGUAUUGUGGACUAACUACAAUGUUUUUGAUCCAUCCUCAGUUUUUUCCUAUCACAGCCAUUAAACUCAGUAACUGUUUUUUUACCCCCAUUUCGUGAUAUCCAAUUGGUAGUUACGGUUUUUUCUCAUUGCUGCAACUCCCUAACGGACUUGGGAGAGGCGAAGGUCGAGAGACAUGCAUCUUCCAAAACAUGACCUGCCAAGCCGCGCUGCUUCUUAACACACUGAUCGCUUAACCUGGAAGCCAGCCACACCAAUGUGUUGGAGGAAACAUCGUCCAACUGACGACCGGAGUCAUCUUGCAGACACCCUGCCCGUCAUAAGGCGUUGCUAGAGCACGAUGAGCCAAGGAAAUCCCCCCGGCCAAACCCUCCCCUAACCCGGACUAUGCUGGGCCAAUUGUGAGCCGUCCCAUGGGACUUCCGGUCCAAAGUGUAAUUAAUAACUUCACCAUGCUCAAAGGGAUAUUCAAUGUCUGCUUUUUGUGUUUUUACCCAUCUACCAAUAGGUGCCCUUCUUUGCGAGGCAUUGGAAAACCUCCCUGGUCUUUGUGGUUGAAUCUGUGUUUGAAAUUCACUGCUCGACUGAGGGACCUUACAGAUAAUUGUAUGUGUGGGGUACAGAGAUGAGGUAGUCAUUCAAAAAUCAUGUUAAACACUAUUAUUGCACACAGACUGAGUCCAUGCAAGUUAUUAUGGGACAUUUAGGCUUUCCAUGACAAAGGGGUUAAAUACUUAUUGACUGAAGACAUUUCAGCUUUUAAUUUUUAAUUUAAUUUGUAAACAUUUCUAAAAACAUAAUUCCACUUUGACGUUAUGUGGUAUUGUGUGUAAGCCAGUGACAAACAAAUCUCAAUUUAAUCCAUUUUAAAUUCAGGCUGUAACACAACAAAAUGUGGAAUAAGUAAAGGUGUGUGAAUACUUUCUGAAGUAUGCAGACAGGCUUUCACAGUGAUCUAUAUCUGAGGACAGAGAAAGAAAGAAAUAGGCUCCGUAUUAUUACAGUCUUCAUAGUUUUCCUCUCUAGGGAUUAGAUCUGGAUAAUCGUUUCAUAAUGUAAGUCCAGAGCGUCUGCGAAAUGACUAAAAUGUCAAAUGUAAUAAUGUCCUCCCACAAAUUACCUGCCCCACUAGUUCACCUACUCUCUCCCUUUUCUGACAGCUGGAUCAGUAAAUAAUUUCACCCUCUUCCAUUGCUGUUAUCUACAAAUGCUCAUUAGCCUACACACAGUGGCCUGCUGUAGCCCGCUUCCUAGCUAGCUAGCUAGCUAUUAAUAAUGCAUAGUUUUGUAACAUUUUCAAAAUGUAUUUACUUGGAGCGACUGGCAAGCAACCCUAUAAACCUACUGUACCACUAAAUCAACAUCCGUUUUCCCCUGAUGUUUAUUAUUGUUCUGGUCACAACUCUGGGGUGAGGAGAUGAGGGCUGGUAACUAGCCACUGUACUGAAACACACAUUAGGGUUAUGUGUGGCUGGGUCAUUAACAUUGUGUGAGUUUUCUUCCCCCUUCCAUAAAUCGACGGUAUAUAUUUAACCCCUCUUGGCCCCAUCUCCACAGUUUAUUUCAGUUAUUUAUUAAAAUGGGUAAAUCCACAAAAUAUUAGGGGAUGGGGGUGUACUGUACAAUAUGUGGGGAGAGAGGGCAAAUAUGUAUUCAUGUUUCAUAAUUAAUCAGAAAUGUCAUCAUACUCUUUUCAUACAUGAUUGAAAUGUGCUUAGUGGGUAAGAGCGUUGUGCCAGUAACCGAAAGGUCGCUGGUUCUAAUCCCUAAGCCAACUAGGUGAAAAAUCUGUCUGUGCCCUUAAGCAAGGCACUUAACCCUAAUUGCUCAUGUAAGUCGCUCUGGAUAAGAGCAUCUGCUAAAUGACUAAAAUGUGAAUGUAAAAUGUACCUGUUUACCUCCAAUAUCGUAUUUUCUUCCCCCUAGUGUCAUGUGCUGAAUACAUCUCUUCAGGGGUUAUGGGGUUAGUCUCCCCUGAGACAACAUAUAGAACUAUGUGAACUCCUGUGUCUCUAUUCUCUGUAGGAUCCUCCUCAUCUACACUAGCCUCCAUGGACCAGUCAGUUAUUGAUUAAUAUGAGUUAAUCUCCAACACACAGCUCAUCCUGCUUGGAAGGCUUUACCUCUUGUUUUUCAUUGUGUUUCACUAUAAGGCAAUGUGAUUAUGGCCUUGUUAUAGGAUCUGUAUAAGGAUCUGUAUUAGUGAAGCGGUCAAAAUACCAUAUUGCAGUGGAGGGGUUUGUUGGCCAACGCUGCUGGAGAGUGAGGCUGUUUUCCUAUGGAUGGAUGGACGUUCAAUAUAAACCUCCAUUCAAAUGUUGCAUUAACAAUGUUGCCAAAAAACAUUGUAUAAAAAUGAUUCUAGAGUAUGAAGUAAAGAAGUUAAUUAAAGCUAUAAAGUGAAUUAAUGCCUCCCUGGUUUUGAUGGUACUGACUGGCCAUCAUCUGUCUCCAACUGCAGUUCCGGAGCCAGCCAGCAGAGGGUGGAAGGAGGUGCUGUCAACUAGCUACAGCAGCUCCACCAGUGGCAACUGGAGCUGGGACACCAGCGACCAAUCAGUGCCCUCCACACCGUCCCCGCCUCUCUCCAACGAUGCCAGCAAGAGCUUCCUGCUCUCCUCCCAGGGUGAUAAUGUCAUCGACGACGUCAAAGAGAGCACGCACUUCUUGUUUGAGGACCCCAUACCCCGGAAGCGGAAGGUACAACUGGGGGUCAGGGGCUUAGGA